AAUAAAGGAAGCGUAGAAGCAACAUUAGAUGUAAGUUUCUAAGACUCAAAGACCGACCUGAGCCGUAAAAUAUGUGUAGAUAUCGAGCUGGCGCGGCUCCCUGGCCAGCUCUUCUUCUCGGGUUCGGCCAUUUGCAGGAGUUAUCCAACCGACUCCGCAGUGGUGCCGGCAAUAUAGCCUUGGAAACCCAUGAAUUCCCCUCUUUAAUUUUCAGCUAUCUCCGCAUCUUUUAAAACAAACCGUGUAUUCCAACUUAUCACUUGGAAACACAGAUGAUAAUGCCAUAUUCACAAACCCCCUAACUACUUCAAUAAACACAACAGAAACCGGAAGAGAUAAAGUAGAGCAAACAAAUCCACUAUCCCACCAACCAUGUCCGCUGAACCUGCCUACAAGGCCAUUGCCCGCAAGAAGCUUGCGCAGCUCGAAUCUCGGAUUCCUAGAGAAUGGCGUCUCUCCAGUCAAUGGAUCCCUGCUGGAAUGCUGUCCGCCGAAGAGUCUGUCAUGGUCACGAACAAGUAUGAUGCGGUUAACGUGAUGGAUGUGCCACGCAAAUGUGGUGUGUUGAACCCGAAGGAACUGGAAAUUACGGAGAGAUGGGACAUUAAGGGGUUGUUGCAGCAGAUUGCCACGGGCAAGCUAUCUGCUAGAGAGGUUACAGAGGCGUUUUGCAAGCGCGCCGCAAUCUCCCACCAACUCACCCGCUGCCUGACAGAGCCCCUAUUUGAACAAGCCCUGACUCGCGCCUCAGAACUAGAUGCCCAUUUCAAACGCACGGGUAAAACCAUGGGCCCUCUCCACGGUCUCCCAAUCUCCGUCAAAGACACCUACGACAUCAAAGGCAUCGACUCAACCACUGGUUUAGCGGCUCUUGCAUUCAAACCUGCGACUGAAAAUGCACCACUGGUGGACCUGCUGCUCGACCUAGGCGCCAUAAUCAUUGCAAAGACCAACAUCCCCCAGACUCUCGGCGCCCUUGACAGCGUUAACAAUCUCUUCGGCCGCACUCUGAACCCUCUGAACCGCAAACUGACACCAGGAGGCAGCUCUGGCGGCGAGGGUGUAUUAGUUGCCAUGAGAGGUUCAAUGAUAGGCCUCGGCACUGAUAUCGGCGGCAGCAUCCGCAUCCCAGCCAUGUGCCUUGGGAUUUAUGGCUUCAAGCCAAGUAUGGGCCGGGUCCCGUUUGGCGGCCAGUUGAGCGGGAGUGUGCCUGGCAAGACGCGAGUUGGCCUGCAGCCUGUUGCUGGUCCGAUUGCACGAUCGAUGGCAGAUAUAGACGCUCUGAUGAGAGAAAUUGUGCCGAGAGCAGAGCUGUACGGUGAAGAUUGUAUCCCCGGCCAAUGGGGCGUCAGUGAGACGCAACGCUCAUUAACGCAACCGCGUAAAUUCACCAUUGGCAUCCUUCCGUCCGAUGGACGCAUCCGGCCGCUGCCACCCAUUGCCAAAGUCCUGACCGAAGUAGCACAAGCCCUCCGCAAAGUCCCUGGCGUCGAAGUCGUCGAGAUCCCCAUUCCCGCCGUACUGGGCGACUGCCAGCGCGUGGCAAACGAGCUGAUGGGCCUGGAUGGGGCGGGCGGUAUGGCUGAUAUCCUAGAAUCUACCUCGGAGCCUCUCAUCCCAUGGCUGCAGACGAGAUUUAAGCGCGGGACUCCUAGAACGCUUGCACAGGCGUACGCGAGUCAGGGCCGUAGGUCCGAGAUAGAGAAGGAGAUGAUGAAGAUGUGGACUCUGUCAUCGUCGUCCGAUUCGGGCUUGCAAUCUAGAAUGAGGAAAGUGGAUGCGAUUAUCCACCCCAUUGCCCCACACCCCAUUCCCGAGCAUGACCGCUACAACGCCGUCGGAUACACAUCCAGCUGGGUUCUGCUUGAUUAUGCCGCCGGAGCCGUGCCUGUGCGGAAGUUCACAGAAGCGGAUCUCGAGCUUGGGAAGGAGAUGGAUGGGAAGGUGCUAUCGAAUUGGGACAAGAGGAAUAGGGAGCUGUGGAACUCCAAUACCGUUGACCGACGUGUCUACCUCGAUUCACCCCUGAGCAUCCAGGUCAUUACCCCUAGGCUGCAUGAUAAUGACCUGUUUGAGGCUAUGUGCAUUAUUGAUAGCGCUAUACAGAAUGAGCACGCUAGAGGCAGUGGGCAGGGAUCGAAGUUGUAAAACUUUCCUUUGAGGUAUCUUCGACUGAGGGCUGGACUGGAACAUUGAAUAUACUACCCUCCGUUUUAGAGCGGGUGUGGCCCGAGGAAUCCUCUCACUUCUAUAUACGCAAUAUACCUUGAUAACCAUUUACUCAAUAGGCAGAUGUAAGUUUUGGGAGCUACAGCAUAGGUGUUUACGAUAUCUUUCCUCGCCGUAAGAUAAUCUUUCUGCCUCUCUAUCUCUUAUAGCAGGUGAGGGGGUUAGUUAAUAAAAACCUCAGCUUGAUCCGCCGCCAGUAAGUAGCUUAGUCCUCCUCCCUGUCUUUCACACACCUGACAGGUACAAAAAUGAACAUGUAGCAAGUAUGAGAAGAAAAGUAAUUUCUGCAGCAAUGCAUAACAAUAGGCUCAAAAGCAGGAAGGACAUAAAUGAGAUUGACAUAUAUUCGCUUUGUGUUUCGUGCA